CCCUCUGGAAAGUCUUUGGUACUGAGCCUUUGUCUCAGAAGAGGAAGGUAUAGCUCAUCCCCUCUGAGUUUCCCACCUGCUGUGUGACUCCCGUCACCCUUACCUGGCCACAACUGACUGCAUCCUCACGACUCUGUGGGAGCAGAAUAUGGGGAGGAGAAAGAAUAAAAAUAGGAAAUAUAUAAAAUGAAGUCAUUUUAGCCAAGCUGCUAAAAUUAUUAUGAAAGUUAAGGGAUGAGAAAUACUCCAUUCUUAUUCUAAUAACCUGACAACUUAAAUUUUUUGAACUUUCUAAUCCUGCAUCAAUGCCUGGAUAUGCAUGUGGGCCUCCAGGUGACCCUCUAAUUAUCCCCUGAAAGACCCACCUACACAUCCACCUGACAUCCAUUUUCCGGACCUCCAGGACCUGAUCUGGCCUCCUGGUCCCAUCUUCGUGACCGCCUGGCAUCUGUCAUCCUGGGUGCCCGACAUCUGACUGACACCAUUCUGGACCAAUCCUAGGGCUACGAGUGUAGGGCUGAUACUUCUCAAGACUGCACUUAUUACUAUAAGCUAUUGAACAUUUUUUUCUUCUUUGGAACACUUCUGGGUUUUUGUCCAGCUGUGUUCCCAGUUUGAAAACUCCUAGACCCUUGAAUAAAUAUCAUUUAUUCCUAGCAAGGCCUCCAGACUCUGAGUUCACUUGUCAGGGGUGUAGAAGAGGAGAUGGCCCAAUGCAGGGGCAGACGUGCUCUCGAGCACAGGUAGCCUCACUGUCCAAGAGACUUUGCAAGACAAACACAACUUCAUCUCUUCAGCCCAGUGCAAGCCGGGGCACGGAAAGCCAUUCCUUUAUAAAAUCACGGGCUGUGCCCUAAGGGUCCCUUUGAUUUUGUGGAAAGCAACAGCCAAAGAGAAAACUGUGAACAGUAAUAGGUGUCUUUCAGUUGUAGUCUGAGUCAAGGGGGCAGGUGCCCAAUUCUCUUCCUUACCUUUCAGAUCUCGGCAGACCCUGACCUCCCUCUCCCACAAUUCAGAACUUGGCACUCGGCAGGCACUCAAUAAACAAUGUCUGCCUGCGCCACGUGAAAACAACCUGCUGGGGCAAGUAGGAGUCAAUCCUGCGUCCCUCCCUCCCUUUUUUCCUCCUCUGCGACCUCUGGGGCUCUGGUUUCCUGCAAGCAGUGAAUUAUUCAUGUCUGUUCAUAGAUAUCAAAUUGGCCUUUCCCAGGUUGCCAGCAGGGUGGGGCAGGGAGGUGGCUUUGUUUAGUCUGUAAAUAGGAGGAGCAACCUCUUUGUUCUAACAGCCCUUGGGUGUGUGACUGUUUUUGCUAAGUCAUCCUGAGGAUGCUCAAAGCCCCACUGUGAGGUUCCUCCCGUCCAUCCAGGCUCCUCCCCCCUCCCAACCCCUUUAAUAGAUCCUUAAGUGGGCCCACUCCACUCCGGCUCACCCUGCACUUUCACUAUGGCGUUCAUUGCCAAGUCCUUCUAUGACCUUUCUGCUGUGAGCCUGGAUGGGGAGAAGAUAGAUUUCAAUACAUUCCGAGGCCGGGCGGUGCUGAUUGAGAACGUAGCAUCGCUCUGAGGCACAACCACCCGGGACUUCACCCAGCUCAACGAGCUGCAAUGCCGCUUUCCCAGGCGCCUGGUGGUCCUCGGCUUCCCUUCCAACCAAUUUGGACAUCAGGAGAACUGUCAGAAUGAGGAGAUCCUGAACAGUCUCAAGUAUGUCCGCCCUGGGGGUGGGUUCCAGCCCACCUUUACCCUUACCCAGAAGUGUGAGGUGAAUGGUCAGAACGAGCAUCCUGUCUUCGCCUACCUGAAGGACAAGCUCCCCUACCCUUACGACGACCCGUUUUCUCUCAUGACCGACCCCAAGCUCAUCAUCUGGAGCCCAGUGCGCCGCUCAGACGUGUCCUGGAACUUUGAGAAGUUCCUGAUCGGGCCGGAGGGGGAGCCCUUCCGACGCUACAGCCGCACCUUCCCCACCGCCAACAUCGAGCCGGACAUCAAGCGCCUCCUCAAAGUUGCCAUAUAGACUCGGGCUGCUCCGCACACAGAUCUCCUACUCCAUACAGCCCGAGUGUCUUUCCUUAGGAUUCAGUGUGUCCUAAGCUUUCCCUUGACAUCAGUCUCCUUCACUGGAGCCUUGCCUCUCCUCCUGCCUGUUUCCUUUCUCUCUCCCAGCCUUCUGGUUGGCGAUUCAACUUGGGCCUCCAAGACUUGGGUGGGCUCUGGGCCUUCACAGAAUGAUGGCACCUUCCUAAACCCCUACGGGCGGUGUCUGAGGCGUGUGAACAGCCCGAGCCAGCCUGCUAGCUGAGUCCAAUAAAGGGCAGGCGUGGAAACGGC